GCUACACCUUAUUCUUUAUACCACUAUAUACACCUAUUUUUUUAAUCAUGAGGGACUCCGACGUAUCACAGACACAGUCGCCCGCUACAACAUCAGGAAACACCAGUGCCACCUGCCUCUCUGUGACCAUAGAGCAGUUGGUCGAGCACAGCAAUGGUACUACCAUAGAGCAGCCGGCUGAUGAGGAGAAGAGUAUGGAUACACGCCUAACAUACGUUGGCGCAUUCGUCCUAAUGUUCGCAGUCGGACUGAACACGGCACUCGAUGGAAUUGUAUACUUUCCUAUUGCACAACACUUCAACGACAUUCAGCGGGCAAGCUGGAUAGUCAACAGCUACCUCAUUACCACUACAGCCCUACAGCCUAUCUACGGAAAGUGCAGCGAUAUAGUUGGGCGCGUGCCCAUCCUGGCAUUAUCGGUAAUCUUCAUGUUCAUUGGCUCUCUGCUGAGCGGCGUUUCUUCGUCGAUGGACAUGAUUAUUGUAAGUCGUGCCAUCCAAGGAAUAGGCGGUGCCGGCAUGUACACCCUGGUAAAUAUUAUCAUCGCUGACCUGUUUCCUGAGCGCAAACGGGGGGAGCUGAUGAGCUACUCCUCGGCAUCGUGGUCCUUUGCGUCUGCAGCAGGAACGAUUAUCGGCGGGGCUAUCGUGGAGAAGAGUACUUGGCGUGUUGUUUUCUGGGUCAAUGUAGCCACCAGUGUACUGUCUGGAGCGGUUAUUGCCACCAUCAUGCGCUUGCCCAAGCCAAGCGGGACGCGCAGAGAAAAGCUGGAUCGUGUUGACUUUGGCGGGUCAGUCAUUUCGCUGGCCAGCAUCGUGCUAGUGCUACUAGCGCUCUCGUGGGGCGGACAGCAGUACCCGUGGUCAUCGGCACGCGUAAUCUCCUGCAUCGUUGUGGGCGUUGCCAUAGGGAUUCUGUUCGUUUAUUACGAAGCCAACCAUCCCAAGGAGCCGAUUCUGCCCAUGUACCUGUUCAAGACGCGCAAUGUCGCACUGGCGGUGCUUGGACAUCUGGUAUUUGGAGCAGUUACCUACGCACCGCUUAUUUUCAUUCCACAGUGGGCGCUGGUAGUCAAGAAUACGACACCAAUAACAUCUGGGCUAUACACGAUGCCGCUUCCAAUCGCCGAGGGAUUCGCAGUCGUUAUUGCUGGCGUACUGGUCACUAGAUUUGGCCGCUACCGCGAAUGCUUGUGGUUUGGCGGAACCUGCUUGCUCGUGGCAGCAACGCUUCUUAUUACCCUCCAUCGGAAUACACAUUCUGCAGAGGUCAUAGGCAUCAUGGUUCUCUAUGGAAUUGGGUUUGGUGCGUGUAUCCAGACGCUGAUAUUGACAGCACAGGUUGGUGCAGCAGGAAGGGACUCGGCAACGGUGACUACCGCAUGUCUGUUCAUGCGAUCAUUAGGCGGCAUGAUCGUGGUGGCUGUUAUGAGCACAGUUAGUGAAAACAAGCGCAAGACGGAGUUUGCCAAGGUCAUGGCUCUGUUUCCCAACUACGCCGAUUCGAUAGCAAGGAUAUCCAAGAGCCAGUCGCUUAUCCAUAGGAUUGCUCUGCCAGAUGAAGUGUUCCACCGAAUCGUCGAGGUGUUUAUGAAGUCGAUGCGCUCCGCCUUUACAGCCUUGGUUCCGUUUUCUGUGCUAUUUUUCCUGGCGGUGUUGUUUGUUGAGCACAAGCGACUGAACACAGUCAAGAAAAUCACAAUUCAAUAAACUGGCAGAGGUUGCUGCUAAAGGAUA